AUGUUCAGGUGUGGUCACUGCAAGAGAUUGGCACCCACAUAUGAAAAGGCGGCAAAGACACUGUUGAAAAAUGAUCCUCCUAUUCCACUUGCCAAAGUGGAUGCCACGAAAGAAACUGACCUGGCACAAAAGUACCAAAUUGAAGGGUACCCGACUCUCAAAAUAUUUCGCAAAGGAAACCCUAGUCCUUACAAUGGAAAAACUGACUCUGAAUAUGGUAUGAAUUUGAUCUCUAGUCUCACUUUAUAGUCAGGUCUCAUGCUUAGAAGUUUAAUUGAUAUCCAGAAUAAAAUAGCAAAACAGUAGUAAAAAGAUUCUUUUAAUCAUUCUUGUUUCGACUUUUUAUGAUGACGCAUCCACAUUAUUCAUUGACCUAAUCAAAUGUUAACCCACUGCACACUCCAUCAGUGAAGAAUUUUAAUAAAGUAUGUGUUGUUGAGUCAUUUAAAUAUUUUAGAACAUUUCGAAAACUCUGGCGACCUAGAACACCUAGAGAGCACGGUGAAACACACACAAAAAAACACUGCUAUCAUCUAAUGCUUCCUGGUCUAUUUCCUAAGUCUUGCCAUUGGAUUAAAUGGGCAAGGACAAGAGAGUGAGGCUCAUGAGCCACUCUCCCUCACUUUAAACAAAAUCCAGCUCAAUUCAAGGCCAUAACUCAAGUCCAAAAUUGCUUUGGUCAUCCUGGCGUCAGAAGGAUGAGCAAUUAAAAUGAUAAAUGUAUGAGCACCAUUUGUGUGGAGGCUUAGUGCUACAAAAUGAUCUCAUCUGCCCCCAAAUCCUGGGUGGAAUCAACUGAUCAGCUUAACAACAUAUUCUUUAUGCUUUUUGGAAAAACCCUAACAAUGAAACACAGAAGUUACCAUCUAAUGAGUUGUUAGGAAGAAGACAUCCCAAAUUAUCUGACACACUGAAACCAAAUUUUAAAAAAACUCACUUUUUCAGAUUCAUAAGCUAAGAAAUGAUAGAUAUAUAUCACUUUGAUUUUACGCUAAAUGAAUUUUUUUGUUGUCUUCCAACAGAUAUUGUAGUCUUCAUGAAGAACCAGGUCGGAGAUGGGGC